AUGAUCGGUAAUUACGUGUCAACAAUAAUAUAUUCUGAAGUUAUACUUGAAUGUUUGAAGACGCUUUGUUGGUACUCAAAAGUCUUAUUUAAUUUUCAUCUAUUAUUGUAUGGCCAGAAUAAGGAACCCGAAAUCAUGUAUUCCGCUAAUAUCGUGGAGAAAAUUAAGUUGGUGCAAUUAGGGUUCAGCUAUCUGUCCUUGAUGCAGUUCACUGAAUAUAUGUAUCCGAAGCAAGCUGUUGUUUACGAUGGUGACACAUUUGAUUUUAUUAUUGUUGGUGCUGGUACAGCUGGAUGUGUAAUCGCAAAUAGGCUUACAGAAAAUAGCAGGGUUAGUGUACUGCUGAUAGAAGCUGGCGGCGAUCCUCCACUGGAAUCCACUAUUCCAGCGACUCCUUUUUUCUUAAAACAAUCCCGUUAUGAUUGGAACUUUACAUCAGAUUAUGAUACCAAGAUCAAAAAAUGUCAUCAAGAUCCAUACGUAGAAAUUAGUGCUGGAAAAAUGUUAGGAGGAACAAGUGGAUUAAACUUCAUGGUAUAUUCAAGAGGGCACCCUACAGAUUUUGAUUCAUGGGCAAACAUAACUAAAGACUCUACUUGGGAAUGGGAAAAUGUACUUCCUUAUUUUAUCAAGAGCGAAAGAGUUGAAGACCCUACUAUUUUUGAUUCAAAAGACAGAUCAAAUCAUGGCUUUGAUGGAAAUGUUGGGCUAGCUAAGGAUAAACGUAAUUAUGUAAACGAUAUUUUAGAAAGCUUUGAAAGUUUAGGUCACCAUAUUCGUAACGAUCCCGUUGAUAAACUUGGAUAUUCUAAAAUGUUAUUAAAUAUAGUUGAAGGAAAGAGGACAAGUAGUGCUUCAGCCUAUAUAACACCAAUCAAGAACCGUUUUAACCUUCACGUUUUAAAGAAUGCAUUAGUAACAAAAAUAAACUUCGACGAAUACAAGAAUGCUGUUGGAGUAGAUUUAAUUAACGAAAAGGUUGGACAAAAUUUGCAAGAUCAUGUUAGUGUUAUUAUACCUUAUGCUAUGGAAAAAACAGAAUUCGAAGGAUUCAAUCCAAACGAAUAUAUUUCUGAACCUGUAAUAGGAUACACCGCUUUAAACAAAUGUCAAAAUUACCCAGAUUACGAAACACGUUUAUAUGCUGGGUACCCCAACCUAGUGUUGUUUUAUUGUAAUUUUGGAUAUAGAAUGGAACACGAUAUUUGUGAUAGUACCUCCUUGCAAAUGAUAGGGAAAAUGGGUUUGUUUAGUGAAAUUCUACAUCUCAGUCCUAAAACGGUAGGGGAAGUUUAUCUAAAGAGUUCAGAUCCACUGGAACCACCAGGAAUUACCACGAAAUAUUUUUCAAACGAAGACGAUUUAGAAGAUUUAGUAGCAUAUAUAAAAGAUUUUGUUCCCAUUAUAAACACUACUCAUUUUAGGGAAAUUGGAGCUGAAUUCAUUGAUACAACAUCAGGCAGAUGUGCAGAUUACAGAGAAGGUAGUGACGAAUACUGGAAAGCUUACGCUUCUUGUAUGUUUAAUGGCAUGAGUCAUUUUACUGGUACUUGUGCCAUGGGUAGUGUGGUUGACAGUAAAUUGAAAGUGUAUGGAGUACAGCGUUUAAGAGUAGCAGACGCUAGUAUAAUGCCUACAAUUACAAGAGGGGAUAUCAAUGGUCCUGUUACUAUGAUUGGGGAGAAAGCUGCUGAUUUUAUUAAACAUGAUCACUAUUGUCAUUAG